CUGAGUGGUACGUUCCUUAUGACAGCAACUCCUGAGCUAGCAUUCAUGUCCUAGCAUCACACUGUCAGAGCCACAAAUACCAUCCAUUUAUCCGUGAAUGUGGUGUGACAUUGGUGUAAUUGCGGGUUUGCUUGUCACUUAAAACCACCAACAUGUCUGCUCCUAAGAAGGGAGAUUUGUCUUCAAGCGAAAAGGAGUUGUUUCAGGUUAUCACAGCAGGAAACGUUCAAGAAGCCUCUAGGCUCCUGGGCUGUAAGGAUGUUCGAGUAAACUGUUUGGAUGAGUAUGGGAUGACUCCUCUGAUGCACGCAGCCUACAAAGGAAAAGCAGACAUGUGCAAGCUGCUUCUGCAACACGGAGCCGACGUGAACUGCAACGAGCACGAGCACGGGUACACGGCGCUGAUGUUCGCCGGCCUCUCGGGGAAGACCGAUAUCACGUGGAUGAUGCUGGACGCAGGGGCGGAAACGGAUGUGACCAACUCUGUAGGACGGACAGCGGCUCAGAUGGCGGCCUUUGUUGGGCAGCACGACUGCGUCACAGUCAUCAACAACUUCUUUUCACGUGCUCGACUGGACUACUACACCAAGCCUCAGGGUUUGGAGAAGGAGCCCAAGCUGCCACCGAAACUGGCCGGACCCUUACACAAAGUCAUCAUGAGCACAAACCUGAACCCGGUUAAGCUGGUGAUGCUGGUGAAGGAAAACCCGCUGCUGGCAGAAACCGAGGCUCUGGAUAAAUGCCGGCGAGUGAUGGAGCUGAUCUGUGAAAAGUGCAUCAAGCAGCAGGACAUGAACGAAGUUUUGGCCGUGAAGAUGCACUACAUCAGCUGCCUGCUGGGGAAGUGCGCCUCCUUCCUCAAGGACCGGGAGGACAAACUGGAAGGGCUCCUAAAAAGUUUGCUGAAGGGUCGAGACAGCGACGGCUUCCCUUUGUACCAAGAAAAGUUCAUCAGGGAGUGCAUCAGGAAGUUCCCCUACUGCGACGCCACGCUGCUGCAGCAGCUGGUGCGCAGCAUCGCCCCGGUGGAAAUCGGUAACGACCCCACAGCUCUGUCGGUGCUGACCCAGGCCAUCACCGGUCAGGUGGGCUUCAUGGAUGCCGAGUUCUGCACCUCCUGCGGUGAGAAAGGAGCCGAAAAGAGAUGCUCCAUCUGCAAAACGGUGAUCUACUGUGACCAGUCCUGCCAGAAAAUGCACUGGUUCACCCACAAGAAGGUUUGCAAGAAGCUCCAAGAACAGCGAGAGCAGCAGGAGGCUGAGGUAGCCAAACUGAGGCUGCAGCAGAGCAAAGAGGAGAGCGAAGCUGCGCAGGAGGCCACGGACUCCCUACAGGAGCUCUCAGUGGGGGACGCCAGCGACGGCCCCCCUCCAGGCUCCGCCGCCAUCCCGGCUGCCGACAACUGAGCCCCCCGACUCCCCCACCAGUGCGUCCAUCCAACACGGACACCAAACUGCCGCCCAGACCGAAGCCCGACUGGAGAGGAGAGCCCACAUUUUUCUGAUCAGCCCCAGACUGCGACAGCAGGGGAAAUCCGCCCUCUCCCCGUCCAUUUCCAAAUGCUGUUUCUCGUUUGUGAAUGUAAACACGGCAUCCGUUUCACCUUUUGGAGAGCUGAGAGAAAUGUGAGGAGCCCAGCGGCUCACGUCCCCCAGAUGGAUCCUGUGGCAGGGCACAGCUGAGAGUUCCAGAGGUUUUUACGCCCAGAGGCUGCCGGUCAAUGGCGGCUAAAAACGGACGCGGAUGACGUUUCUGCUCCGGGCGUUUGUCAAGAUCAGAGCGAAAUGAAACGGGCUGGUCGAACAGACGUCAGCGAAGAAGCUUCCGUCAGCCUCCAAAAAGACGAUCGCGUUGUGGGGUUUUCUGCACGGCCCGAGCGGACCCAGACGUCGGCCAUCGUGUCCAGUUUGUGCGUGUUGGUGGUUUCCAGUGUCGACAGACAUGAGUCAAACUCUGCUAAAUAAAGACCAGCUUCAGCACCA